CCCACGCUGUGAUUUUCCAGCCACCUUUCACGCACAACCCAUCUGGCAAAUCCUCCCCUUAACCGCCCUCUGCGGCUGUUGGAGCAGUGGAGCAAACAACGACGCUAACACUGGAGCUGUAAAAGUAGCGACGGGGGCUCCCGUUUAAAGCGCCGCAGCGCCGUGUCAUCCACCGCUACUCUCUCUGAAACGACUGUCUGUUUCUGAGAAGUGCUCACUAAUACUCCGGAAAACCACUGCCGCCGCACAUCCAACAAGGAAUAAAAAAAUCAACCCAAACCGAAGCAAAAAUGGUGCAAAACAAGAUUACCGAAGUCACUGGAUUCCACCGCUCUUUUAAGGGUCAAAACCCAUUUGAGUCGGAUGAUUUCACCAAGAAUGGAUCCCAUCUUAUUGAUUCAUCCUUUAAUUUUGAUUCCUCCCCAAGACAUGACAUGCCUUCCAGUCAGCCUAUUGAUAUUCCCGAUGCCAAGAAGAGAAACAAGAAGAAGAAGCGUUGCCGAGCAACUGACAGUUUCUCUGGACGAUUUGAGGAUGUCUACAGGCUCCAAGAUGAGGUUUUGGGCGAGGGUGCUUAUGCCAGAGUGCAAACGUGCAUCAAUCUCAUCACCAACAAAGAAUAUGCUGUUAAGAUCAUUGAAAAAGGACCAGGACACAGCCGCAGCCGUGUCUUUCGUGAAGUUGAGAUGCUCUAUCAGUGCCAGGGUCACAGGAAUAUUCUGGAGCUGGUAGAGUUCUUUGAGGAAGAGGACAAGUUCUACUUGGUGUUUGAGAAGCUCAGAGGAGGGUCGGUAUUGGCACAGAUUCACAAGAGGCAACGCUUCAGUGAGCAGGAAGCAAGUGUUAUUGUUCACGACAUCGCCAGCGCUCUCGAUUUCCUGCACAACAAAGGAAUGGCACAUCGCGACCUGAAACCAGAAAAUAUUCUUUGUGAAAGCGCAGACAAGAUAUCACCAGUCAAGAUCUGCGACUUUGACUUGGGUAGUGGGAUCAAGUUAAACAGUGAUAGUUCACCAAUCUCCACCCCUGAACUGCUCACUCCUUGUGGCUCAGCAGAGUACAUGGCACCUGAGGUAGUCGAGGCCUUCAGCGAAGAGGCUAGCAUCUAUGACAAGCGCUGCGACCUCUGGAGCCUGGGAGUCAUCCUCUACAUCAUGCUCAGCGGCUAUCCGCCCUUCGUCGGCCGCUGUGGCGGGGACUGUGGCUGGGAGUUUGGAGAACCGUGUCACACCUGCCAGAACACUCUGUUUGAAAGUAUUCAAGAGGGAAAGUACGAAUUUCCAGAGAAGGAAUGGGCUCACAUUUCCUCAAGUGCCAAAGACCUGAUAUCCAAACUUCUGGUUCGGGACGCCAAAAACCGCCUGAGUGCCAGGCAGGUGCUGCAGCACCCCUGGGUGCAAGGGGGUGUAUCUGAUGCUUUACCAACAUCCAUCUUGCAUCAGAGAACCAGCUGUACCAGGGACCUGACAUUCUUUGCUGACAAGGCCAUGGCUGUGAACCGGCAGCUGGCUGAACAGGACGACAUGGAAGAUCAGCAGCAGCAGCAGGAAGCUCCAUUUGUGGUGACGGCUUCUGGCUCUUCUAUGCAGCUCUCCCCUCCUUCCAACUCCAAGCUGGCCAGGCGCAGACAGCGGGGCAGCCAGCCUAAGGGCGGGCCCGUUUCCGCCGCGGAGCUACGUCAACUCUUGGCCCCCCUAGUCAUCGUUGGAGACUGCGCUUGAACUCUUGUCAACAUGGAAUCCCCGCCCAAGUUUAAGGUUCAGAUCGGUGACGACAUUGAGACUCCUUUCCCAGUACUGGUUCCUCUUUGACUUUAGCUGGCCUUGGUCCCUCUGCAAUUCAGGCUUAAUAGCCGAGCUGUGAAGGGAGAUGCUGCUUGCAGCUCUUUUUUUCAAAAUGCCUUCUGCCCUUAUGCAGCACUUUGAAAGCACAUCAGCACAUGCCCUGCGUAAAGCAAACAAUGUGCACAUUCAGGUUGGGAAGGAGGGCCAGUUGAUCGUUUUGGUUUUGGUUUAAUCCCCCUCACAACAUUUGUCUUGAAACUAAGCUCCGACACCAAAGGACUACCUGUUCUGCUGCUCCCAUGUUACAGCUGGAUCCACUGUGAAUUAAGUUACUGGAAUGUUCUCUCUGCCUGUAUGUAAAUGCAUGAAUGACUCGUCUGCAGAUGCGUACAAGCUUAUGCAAUAUGCCAAGAUGAAGGCUGUAUGGAAAAAGGGGUUUUGGUGUAUAGAAAGGGCUGUGAGCCGCCGCUGUCCGUGCCUGGUGUGGUCCAUCAUGUGGCUCUAAAGAUUUUCUGUUAAAACUACAAUUUAAGAUGAUUUCCUCACAUCUGAGCCUCUUGUAAUGUCUGAGACGGAACGUGCACUCAUCUAGUUUGGUGGCCAUGCACUUAAUGCUUCAACAGAAAACCAUACUCACCUGUGGCAUACCACCUAUAACUUAUUAUUUUUUUGUAAUUACCAUAAACGCCAAACCAUUUAUGGUUCCAGAAGCAAAGUCUUACUGUAAGAAAGUCUUGGUUAUAAACAGCCAUCCGGAAACAAAUUUCAGGCUAUAAAGCUUGUAUUUCUGCUGUGGUAGUACAGGCGAAUGUAUGUAAACUGGGGUCAGUGUUACUUUCAUUGUAGACGGUCUGUCCCUUUGCUCAAACUUUUUUAUUUUUUUUUAUUUAUUUUUUUUUCCCUCUGACAUUUCUGCACAAGUUUAGCCUGAACCAUUUUUGCAGUAAAGGUUAAAACCCCCCUAAAGGGGUUUGAAAAGCACAUUUUGGGCACUAUGACAGAGUAAUUUCUUGAUCAAAUACAUUUGCAACUUAUUUGGACCACACACUUUCAAGGUGGGGUUUCUUUUGUUAAAAUGAGAUCCACCUUCCAGAAAUUUUUUUACAAUAUUUAGAGGCUGAAAUUUUUUCCAACUGAAAUGGGGUGAGGGCAAAAAUGAAAAAGGGAUGAACAUUCCACAGCUCUACAUUUAGUUCAUAAAGAUCAUUCUGCAACUGACAGGUGAUGGACUGGUGAUGAGGUUUUAGAUUUGUGGCCGCCUCACCAAAGAAGCUUUAACGUGAUUGGUGCGCAGAGGAGGGGGGGGCACCUCUGAUUGUCCAUGUCCUGUGUCUGGCACUGCAGCAGUGGUACUCUGGAAAUGGUGUCACAGGCGCCAUUCUGCUGGUUAAAGGACACUGUAAUAGUUCUAAAAAUACCUUCCAACAGAUGCAUCAUUAUGAAGUUAAAUGUCUUAUAAUAAGACUUACUUGAAUUUGUGUAUGCAGCUGUUUUCUUUUUUUUUUCUUUUUGGAAACUCUUACCUUUAAAUUAAAAGCAUUAAGAUGAUGAUCAAGGCAAUCUUAGGGGUUUCAAAGAUGCCCAUGAAAUUCAGUAUUCAGCCUUUUUCUUUUUUUGAGCUUCACACAAGUUUGUCCCUUCUUAAUGAUGGGGUUCGAUACUGGAAACAGAUUUUGACCAUAUUCUAAUAUCCUCACAGGUGUUGGAAGUUAUUUAUUUGGUCAUGAGCAUUUCUGUCAAAGGGCAGACACUUUUAGACUGCCUCUUAUCUUUAAAAAGGGGGACACUUUUUUUUUUUUUUUUUUUUUUUUUUUGUACGUCCUUUUGAAGUAAAAAGUGUUUCAACUAAUUUACUCAAACUGGCGGUACACGAACCUCCCCAGUUUGAAUGUAGCCCACAGACGAGGCAUUUACCACCCAGCAAAAGUUGAUGAAAUGUUCACCUCUCUUCAGUGUGGUGUUUUGGGCUGCGUUCCAGUCCUCUCCAGCAUCCUUUUUUUUUGAGCUGAUGCCCAUUUGUAACACUGAACUGUCCCGGCCCGUGGCUGUUUUGGGGGAAGAAAUUUACAAAAAUAAUUCAAAUACAGAAAUAUUUUUGAUUUAAAAUAAGCACUUUACUGUACCAUGUGAAUGAUUGCAGUUCAUGCAAAGCAAAACUGAUAACAGUUGACAAAGAAUUUUGUAUUGCUUUUUUGUAAAAAAGAAAAUAAAAAAAGAAUAAAAUACUUAAAAAUAUA